UUUACCUUUCUGCACUUGUUUUUCUAGCCUUUCUACUGUUUAUUAACACUUUCUUUUAAAUAUAAGACUUGGUUAAAUUCAUAUAAAAAAACUAAGUGUUUCAGGAUCUGUUCCUUGAUGUCCUUGAGCUCUUAUUCCUUCUGUGGUUUGGUUUCAAUUAAGGGUUCUCUUUAGAUUCUAAUUUUUAUAGGUCAUUUUCGGUUUUCUUCUCGAUCUGUUUGUUCAAAAUAUUCUUGCUGUUUUGUUUCACAAUUUUCUCAGUCUGUAUGCAUGUGAAUACAUAAUUACAUAUAUAGCCCAUUUUCCCUUAUAUUCACCCAUCUUCCUCAGAUUUGAUUGACUAGAAAUGUUUUCUUUAUUACGUAGUAAUUAUUAAUUAUUAAUUUCAUUUGAUCCCUGGUCUGUUCUUCAGUCAACUGAGCUAAGCUGAAUAUAUCAUGGUAGUCAGUGCAUCUGUACGUGUUUCUCUCUAGUUAACUUUUUCCUUCAUGGUUUUGGAUCUUUGAAUUAAAGGCACCUUUAAUUUGUAUCCAUCUGUGCACACGUCUCUAUGCACCAUUUAUUAGGAACCUGCAACCAAAAUCUUGUUCAGUUAUCAGUACAUAUGUUGUAGAUUCUGGUAUCAGAUGAUCAUAUUUAGGGCAUAUAUAUAGACUUGCAUUUUUUGUACUCUCAGUCUACACUUUGAUCUAUAUCACUCAUGAUACAAGGCUAGUAAAUUUGUAUGGUAUUUCAUCUUUUUUUUUUUCAGAUUAAUCAAUUAGUUUCAUAAGAUCUGGUGUCAUAUUUAUGCAGAUUGCUAAAAUUAUGAGAGUUUCAGACUUUAAGAUUGUGGGUCUUCGAUCUCCAAUUAAUCCAUGAGAAAAUUUAUUAAUUUAUUUCUCAUUAUAUAUACAGUUCAUUAAAUUCAGAUAACUUUUUAAGUUUAGUUGCCUAAAUAGGUUUCCAUUUUUGUUUCUUAUCUAACCUGCUAGUCAUUAAAUUGAAAAUACUAGCAGGAGACUUUUGGGGAUGAUUCUAUUUCUUCCUAGUCAUGGUACAAACCAUAAGCAAGUUAAUAGUCCAAAAUAGGACACUUCUUCUUUUGGUACAUAUUGGCUAGUCUUUCAAUUAAACAGUAACAACUAAUGUAUGUUUGCAACUAAUCAAUUCAGCAAGGUUGUUGUUGAAAGAUGGGGAGAGGAAAGAUUGAGAUAAAGAGGAUAGAGAACACCACAAAUCGUCAAGUGACCUUCUGCAAGAGAAGAAAUGGAUUGUUGAAGAAAGCUUAUGAGCUCUCCAUUCUCUGUGAGGCUGAAGUUGCCCUCAUUGUCUUCUCUAGCCGUGGCCGCCUCUACGAGUAUUCUAACAACAACAGCAUAAGAAAUACUAUAGAGAGGUACAAGAAGGCAUCUUCCGAUAACUCAGGUGCAACCAGUAUUACAGAAGUCAAUGCUCAAGAAUCGGCAAAGCUGAGGCACCAAAUUCAAAUGCUGCAGAAUUCUAACAGGCACUUAAUGGGAGAUUCGUUGACUAAUCUGACAGUGAAAGAACUAAAGCAGCUAGAGAACAGGCUUGAACGAGGCCUUACUAGAAUCAGGUCCAAGAAGGUAAAAAUUGAUGAAAACGAAUGUGAAAGUUACGAAAAUGCAUGCAUGCAUUUCACGACAAAGACGGAGCAAGAACAGCAUGAAAUGUUGCUUGCUGAAAUUGAAUACUUGCAGAAAAGGGAGGUUGAGCUGGAAAACGAGAAUGUUUUAAUUCGAGCUAAGAUAGCAGAAGUUGAUCAGAGGCUUCAGCAAGCAGACCUGGUUUCUGGGGCAGAGUUGACUGCAAUCCAGGCAUUAGCUUCUCGCAAUUUUUUUGGCUCCACUAUGGUUGAGGGUGAAGCUUCAUACUCACAGCCAGAGAAGAAAUUGCUCCAUCUGGGGUGAACUUUUGGGAGACACAUCAGUCUGCUGCUAGCUUAUGCUACAUCAACCGUAUCUUAAAUAAAUGAUAUCAUUGGCUACUAUCUAGUAUCUAUUUUGGUGUUGUAUCCUUAUUCAUGGCUAGAACUUUGAACUAGUAAUUUCCAGCAGUAUUUUGGAGACAUUCCCUUUUUGGUGAACGAUUGCAUAAGCAGGAGUACUUCUUUGAUUAGCAUUAAGCUAUAUGAACAUGGAAAUGUGUUUUGUAAGGAUUACUAUAUGACUUGGUUGAGUCAGCGGAAUAAUUACUACCGAGUUUAUUUACCUGGUAUUGCAGUAUAUAACUUUUAUAACAAAAUUAUUUAUGGAAGUGAAAUGAGAUCUUUAUCAAGCAUAUAUAUGCUUGCAAAGAUCCUCAAAAUACUUGUGACAA